UUUUUAUCGCCAUCCGACAAAGCCUCAGUAGAUUCGAAGCGAGAUGUUCGGCCUGGCGCAUCCGGGAUUCGGCGCAUUGGCGCUCGUUGCGUUCUUUGGAAUUUUGUUCACACCGAUUCAGGCCGAGUACACUAAUUUGGCAGAUGUUCCGUGCGGUAGGAGUGAGAGGACAACACCACAAGCGAGGAUUGUCGGAGGUCAGGACGCGGCUCCACGUGAAUUUCCAUGGUUGGUGAGCAUAACAAGAAAAGGCGGACAUUUUUGCGGUGGUGUCAUUUUAAAUGACCGAUACGUCUUAACUGCUGGACACUGUUUAUGUGCCGGCCCGAACAAGAUUCCAACAGGACAAUUGCGCGUCACUCUGGGCGAGCACAAUUUAAGGGCUCCAGAAGUGCCUGCCGCAAAACAUGAAAGCGUCAUAAACGCGGUGUUGCACCCUGGUCACAAGUGCGGCAAGUAUGUGGACGAUAUUGCUCUGCUGGAGCUCGCUAGACCGAUCAGUUGGUCGGAAAGCGUGAAACCCGCAUGUUUACCUGUGGCCACAGGGAAACCAGGGUACAGCGCCUUUGGCGGAGUGGAUGCUGUAGUUGCCGGUUGGGGAUGGCUCGGCGAAGAUAGAAGCAAAUACAAGAGAGCGGACGUGCUGCAGAAAGUGGAUGUUCGCGUGGUGACGAACACCGUAUGUGGCGAAUGGUACGCGAGUCAGGGCAAGUCAGUCAGCGUUGGAACGAAGCAAAUGUGUGCUGGCUGGGAGGAAGGCGGAAAGGACGCUUGUUGGGCUGACAGCGGCGGGCCUCUGAUGGUUGGAAGUUACCCAGCCGGGCCCUUGAUGGUGAUCGGGGUGGUUUCGAACGGUAUUGGCUGCAGCAGAUCACGACUUCCUGGCAUUUACGUGAGAGUCUCUGAUUACAUUUCUUGGAUCACGCAAGAAGCACAAUCUGGCCGAUAAAUUUCAAUGUGAAAGAAAAUGCGAAUUUCCGUCUCGCUGUUUUAACAAUUCUGUUUAACAGCAAGUUCGAUUAUAUGCGGUAUGUACGCAUCGCAUCAAUGAUUCGGACAUUUUAUUCAAAUCAGUGACCUUUUUUAGCUUACGUAUCAUAGUUAAUACAAGUAGAAAAAGUCAGGCGACAGUUGAACUGUUAAAAUCUGUUAUAUAACAGCGUUACCAAUGAUUUUUAUUUUUAUUGUAUUCGCAAAAUAUCGAAAGUCAGUUAGUCUAACAUAACAAAUGUGACGAUAGACGUUAACAGCUUUUCUGAAAUGUCCAAAAUGUAUUUAUGUUGUAAUUAGAAUGUUAUCUUAUAUAUUUAUUUUAAAAAAUAUCAACGAUGUUAUGCAUCGAUGUUAUUUUGCAUACAAAUGUGAAAUGUCUUUCCUCAUAUUUGAUAAUUAAUGUGUUACUGAUAAUGAAAUUAAUGUGUUAUUGAAAUUACUGUUAACAGUUUAAGAUCUAUUUAAAUUUAAAUCUAUUUUAAAAUAAAAAAUUCUCUUAAAUCUGUAUAUUUCAUAGAAAAAUCAAAUUUAAAAAUGCAAAUUUGUAACAUGUAAUAAUGCGAUGCAUAAGUUACAGAUGUAAAUAAUUCAUAAUUUUUUAUUUUAUAUAGAAUAUUCGAAUAUAUGUAUAAUUUUUCUAUUGUGUUAAACCACAUAUAUUCGAUUCUGCUUUAAAAUAAUCGAUUAAAUUUUGUGUAUGUGUGCGUAUAUGCGUGUUCGGUGAAAUACU